UCACUCAGCCCAGAAGAAAACUACUUCAGGGCUCGGCUGGCGAAGCAGAGUUUUCCUUCGGAUGAGGGUUGGCCAUUUGCAAAAUACCUUGGAGCAUGUGGAAGAAUGGUGGCUGUCAAUUAUGUUGGAGAAGAACUGUGGAGUUAUUUCAAUGCACCAUGGGAGAAAAGAGUUGACCUUGCUUGGCAGUUAAUGGAAAUAGCAGAGCAACUUACAAACAAUGACUUUGAAUUUGCGCUCUACCUCCUGGAUGUCAGCUUUGACAAUUUUGCAGUUGGUCCUCGAGAUGGGAAGGUAAUCAUUGUGGAUGCUGAAAAUGUUUUGGUUGCUGACAAGAGAUUAAUUAGACAAAAUAAACCUGAAAAUUGGGAUGUAUGGUAUGAAAGUAAAUUUGAUGACUGUGAUAAGGAAGCUUGCUUAUCAUUUUCAAAAGAAAUUCUUUGUGCUCGUGUCACUGUGGACCACAAUUAUUAUGCUGUUUGUCAAAACCUCUUAUCCAGACGUGCCACCUGGCGUGGCACAUCUGGAGGACUUCUUCAUGAUCCACCAAGUGAAAUUGCCAAAGAUGGCCGACUCGAGGCCUUACUGGAUGAAUGUGCCAACCCAAAGAAACGCUAUGGCAGAUUCCAGGCAGCAAAGGAGCUGCGGGAAUAUCUGGCACAAUUAAGUAAUAAUGUCAGGUAGUCUAAGGUGAACGUUUUUUUCUUUUCUCCAUUUAAAUAGCACUGGCAAAACUAAAACACCAGAAACUAUCUGGAAAAAUGGAAUAUGGAAGUGUUAUAUCCAGAGGAUGCUAAACUUGCACUGAUAUAUCUUACAUUAACAUCCAUCAAAAUAAGACAUUGCUACAAAAUUCACAUUAUGCUUCUGCAAAUAAAUACUUUGGAGACUUGAGUUAUCAGUAACUGCUUUACCCUUCCCCUAUGCCUGAGUGGAUUGGUGAAUAUUGUUAAGCUAUUGGAAAUGAAUCUGAUAGUUACAUUGGCUUGUGUAUCAAAGGGUAGUUGGUAACUUAGUUUGCAUUACUAUCAUGAUUUUGUGAAUCUCUUGCAUUUUCUUUGAAUGUCAACUUAGAUUGGCCUGUUUUAUAGGCCACUUAUUUCUUCUGAUAUAUAAGGUUCCCCCCCCCAUUUUACAUUUUUAAAAAAAUUAAAUAUUACACAUUCAGGUUAUAGGAGGUGUUCAUUUAAGUUUUAGCUAGUUUUCAUUCAGUGCUAUGCGGUACAUUUUACUGUUAGGGCAGGAUUCCCAACUUUAUUGUGUUUUUUUCAGAAAGCUGAAUAUUUUAUUGUGUACAUACUUUCCCCCUGCCUUCUGUGGUUUCACCAUUGCAUGACAUCAUUUCGGGUUGUUUAAAGAGUUGCAUCCUUCUAUGCCAUUAGUUAUAAAUGUACAUU